AUGAGUGCUCCAAAAAGAGCCGCUAAAGACCCGCCAGAUGGACCAGACGCCAAGAAGUCUAUGGACUUUUCUGACGCCGAUCCGGCUCUCUUUGAUGGAAUGGUCCAACACCUGGCUCGUCAUUCGCCAUUCUUCCGGACAUUGUUUUUUGAGGGAUUCGAAGAAUCCAAAAAAGACGUCGUGAAGCUCAAGGAUGUCACCGCUGAGGCCUUCCAGCUCUUCCUGGAGCUCGUAAAUGGCCUCAAUGAUGACAACAUUGAAGGAAUUACAAUGGCUGCCGCUAUGUGGCAAGCUGAAAUUCCUCUGGGAAAAUGUCUGAAAUUCAUUGCACAACAUUCGAAACUUGCCAAAAAGGACAAACUUAAUUCUCUCUUUGAUGACGUCAAGUCGGUUGCCGACAUGGAAGAUCUUCUUCCGGAUAUGGAAAUCACUAAUUUUAAGCCGGAUACCAUCACACUGAUCGCCAAAAAGUUGAUGAAAAUCAAUGGAAUUUAA